UUUUCUUAGGUUAAUCAAUAAAUUAAAACAUGUUAACUUGUGAAUAAAGUGUUCAAAGGUCAUAUAAUUUGUGUGGUGAGAAAGUUUUUGGUAUUUUAGGGGAUUUGUGUAGGAAGAUAUUAUCUUCUUGUUAUACACCCGGUGGGUAUUGCCAAUUUGUUUGACGGUAUUUAGGUGACCAGUCAUGUGAUCAUUUAUGAUUGUAUCUUAGGUCAAUUGUCCGGAUGAAUGGUCAUUAUAUAGAUGAAGUAUGUGAUACAGUAAAAUAGACAUUUUAUGAUAAACAUUACAACCAUCUUCCUGUAUCACUUUUAGCCUAGCCUCACGUUGUUUACUUCAUAUUUAUACAAUAUUUGAUAAUCAACGAUUUAAUGUGGAUUAUAUAUACAUAGACAAAUGACAGUGUUCAUUACAAUAACAUAUCAUGUAAUAUUUAUCAAUUAAGCAUUUUUUUUUUAGUUUUUGUUUAUAUAUAAAUAUAGAGAAAUGUUUACAAAGAUCAUUAUUGUAUUUUAUUGGAGUCUUCGAUUCUAUGUGGAGUGCUGUGACAAAGGAAAGACUGGUCCUGAAUGUUUAUAUAGAAAUCAGGUGUACUGGUCAUCAGUAUCGUCUAACUUAGGUCGUGAUGAGGUCAGAAUUAAAGAUAACCGAUAUGAAACAUGUUCCAGACAGCAAAAAACUGGCUCGGACCCUUAUAUCCUAGUUACAUUGGACGAUGUUAUAUAUGUAAAUGAAGUGAUCAUUAAUUUUUAUAAUCUAACUGCCGUUGCUGGUUUCCGGGUGUAUGCCGGGCUCACAUCUGUCAUGGACCAGACGACACUUUGUUACACAGACGCUGGUGACGUCCGCACUGACAAGCACGUGAGCGUUAUAUGUGAACAAAGUAUGCUUGCAAGAUAUAUAUCAGUUCACAUCGAAGGGUCAGAAAACAAACUAGAAAUUUGUGAGAUAGAAAUACCAAUUGGUCGCCUUCUAUCAGAGAAAAAACCGACGAACGGUUCGGAAGUAGAGAAGGAUAAAUAUAUCAGGUAUGGAAAUGACGGACAGCUUGGCACUUUUUACGCGAGUAAAGCUCUCGACACACCGUUUUGGUACGUGGAUCUACUGCACGUGUACAAUCUGAACACAAUCAUAAUAACUACCAGAGAAGACCUGAAAAGAAUGAUCGUAGGAUUCCAGAUACAUAUAAGUAACAGCUCGAACUUUGAUGAGGCCAAACUUGUCUAUACGGACACUAGUACAGAAUCAACAGUUGACUACUAUAUUGUUGUACCACUUAAAUCAUCAACAGCACGAUAUGUUCGUAUAUCAGUACCAGGAAUCAACCAGAAACUUAAUCUGAAAGAAUUCGAGGUCCUUGGAGAUUGCACAGAUAAUUACUGUGGUGUAGACUGUAGUAAAAGAUGUUUCUGUGAGGAUGACAAGUUAGGUAUAGAAGACAAAAUAGAAGGAAAAUGUUCCGGUGAAUGUCAGAGAAACUGGAGAAACAUGGACGGUUAUUGUAAUUCUGGGAUUUGCUCUGGUUAUGGUUUCGGGUACCAGUGUAAAUACAGUUGUAAAUGUUCGGGUACCUGCGAGCCGUGGACAGGUGAAUGUCUGCCGGACACCACCUCAUGUCGUAAACAUUAUUAUGGGGAUAAUUGUCAAGCUCAAAAUGCAAUUGCUAAUUCUGGUUCGACACUACAAGGUUUUGAUACGCGCUAUAAUCCUGCACCAGUUACUGUAGAUGGCGUUCUCGAGACUUGUUCACCGGAACUGAUUGGUAUGACGUCAUCCUGGUUUAUACUUUUUGACACGCAGAGAACUGUUGAUCAGGUACUCGUGUAUGUCAAUGAGAGUGUUACAAAAUCAGGGUUGAUUGUAACAACAGAGAACGGGGAUAACUCAUCAACAUGUGUAAUAAACAAGAUAGAUGUAGACGGUUGCUUCUUGGCUACAUGUUUUAACACCCCAGCAACUCAUCUCCGUAUCUCUACACGUUACGUCAUACAAAUAUGUGAUGUUGCUGUACUAGAUUGUUCUGACGGUACAUUUGGUUAUCUCUGUGAGAAUAAAUGUUUAUGUGUUGAUGGUGCUCCAUGUGACAAAACUAACGGAUCAUGUCCACCAGGUGGUUGUGAAGCUGGUUACCAAGGUGAUACGUGUAGUCAAGAAUGUACACCAGGUUUCUAUAGUAACAAUUGUACGGUAGAAUGUGGUCAUUGUUUGAAUGGCGAGGCUUGUGAUAUAUUUACUGGUGAAUGCCCGGAUGUUUGUGCACCAGGAUGGCAAGGCGGUCGUUGUGAUAUAGAAUGUUAUAAUGGUACAUACGGUGACAACUGUGACGGGGUAUGUGGUAUGUGUUAUGAUGGUGAACCAUGUGACAAGGUUUCUGGAUUAUGUGAUGACGGAUGUGAUCGUGGUUACUUCACUUCUAACUGUACUCUAGAAUGUCCUGAAGGAAGUUUUGGUUACAAUUGUAAUGAGACGUGUGGCUCAUGUAAAUUUGGUGACGUGUGUGAACCAGUCAAUGGUCAUUGUUUGAGCGGAUGUGUUGUCGGAAAAAAUCCACCCACUUGUAUAGACGAUUGUCCAUUCGGGACGUAUGGACAGGGUUGUUUGAAGACAUGUGGUAGAUGUCGUGACAACAAUACAUGUCACCUAGUAACAGGAGUUUGUGAGGAUAGUUGUUCACCUGGUGUAUACGUGAAUAACGUGCAGCCAAUGUGUGAUACAGAAUGUCCUGAUGGUCUGUUUGGAUAUAAUUGUAGUCGUCAAUGUUCGGAGGACGUUUGUGUUGGAGGUAACGUGUGUGAUAAAGUUACAGGUGGAUGCUUGCAGGGUUGUCUAAAUCCUGGAUACCGGUCUCCGCUCUGUCAAUACGAGUGUUAUGACGGUACAUUCGGGGUUGACUGCCUGUCUAUGUGCGGUGCUUGUAGAGAUCGGACACCCUGUAACAAAGUCACUGGUCAGUGUCCAUUUGGUUGUCAAAGUGGAUUCAAAGGUCCAAAAUGCCUUCAGAAAGAUGUACAGUUAUCUGCAGGAAGUAUAGUUAUGUUAGUGUUUGGAUGUUUACUGGCUGUUGCCGGCCUCGUUGGUGUAUUCAUUGGAUACUGGAUAUAUAAAAAAGGAACUCUUCCAUGGGCUUACGUUAAACGUCGCUUGAAGAAAGAUGUGAAGGAUGAAAAGUCACCAAGAAGUUUAUCUAUUGUAUCGAGAGUUUAUGAAAAUGAUAUCAACAUGGAAUCUGCUAAAUUAAAGAGGACAAACUCUAAUGCUAGUAAUUAUAAGCUAUCAGAGAUGAAACCGAGGGGAACUAUAGCAGUCGGUGAUUUUUGGGAUUAUGUUCAAGAUAAACAAUCAUCCAAACAGGAAAUAGUUCAACAGUUUAAGGACCUUGCAGUAGGCCUGACACCACCCCUCACUUUUUCAGAUGACCACAGUCGAGUGAAGCUUGACAUGAUAGCAGGAGAUUCCGGCAAUGAUUAUAUCAAUGCCUGUUAUAUAAGUGGUUAUAACCGUCCACACAAGUACAUAGCUGCCCAAGGUCCGACGGAGGAGUUUGUUUGCGAUUUCUGGCGGAUGAUUUGGCAAAAGAAGUGUCGUAAAAUAAUUAUUUUAACCAGACUUGUUGAACACAAUAAAGUAAAAUGUUGUCAGUAUUGGCCGGAUGAUGGAAUAAAACAGUAUGGUAGUGUUAUCGUAGAGUACCGUGAAUCAGAAACAUUCGCUGACUUUACAAUCAGGUCUUUCUUUAUAUCCCAGGAAGGGAUAGAGGGUCGUUUAGUCCGACAGUUUCAUUUCGAGUCUUGGCCAGAUCGUCACGUGCCAGAGUAUGCAUCAUCAGUGGUACAUUUUUGGAACAAAGUUCGGACAUCUGAUGUUAAAGAUAAUGUUCCUAUUGUUGUACAUUGCAGUGCUGGUAUAGGGCGGACGGGAACGUUUUUGUCUCUCGACUAUUUGGUGGAACAGGCAGAUGUAGAAGAAUAUGUAAACAUUUAUCAAUGUGUGCAAAAUCUACGACACCAGCGAGUAAACAUGGUCCAAAACUUGGAUCAAUACGUAUUUCUACAUGAGGCAUUAUCCGAGGCAUUGUUUUGUCCGAGUAUAGCUAUACCAUGUGAACAGUUUUGUAAAGUGUAUAAAAACAUGCUCGAGCUGGAUAACAAAACAAAAAUAAUUCAAUUAGAAAUGGACUUUGAGAGAAUUCAAUGUGUGACAAAGUUCAAGGAGAGUAUGAGUCCAAGUUUCUAUGACAACGGUAACUACAAAGGGGCAAAUAAUAGUGCUAAUAUAGAGAAGAAUCGGGUACCCCACAUCCUUCCCAGUGACGCUCAUCGCCCCUGGCUUAUUACACGAGUAUCUGAUCGUAACGACUACAUCAAUGCUGUUUAUCUACCUUCUUAUCGGAAUGACAAGACAUUCUUGCAGACACAAAAUCCUCUACCAGACACUAUAGUUGAUUUCUGGCGGAUGGUAUAUGAGAACAAAGUAUCUACAAUUGUAAAUCUUGACCGUAUCACUAACAUGUCAGAGAUUUACUGGCCAAAAGAGGGAGAAACGGUAACAUUUAUACCAUUUACCUUACAUCAUUUGAGUGAAACAGAUCACGUGACCUUCACAGAGAUAAGCAUAAGACUUCAAAAUGCCGAAGAGCCACACGAAAAAGCGAAGAUACUAAAAUUGUUUGUGUGUAAGUUUUGGAUGAGUGAGGACCGGGUACCAAUCGGUGGUGAAUCAAGCAUCUUGGAAGUUUAUGAACAUGUUAAAGUCUGGCAAAAAACAACAGGCAAUCAGCCUAUUGUAGUCCAUUGUCUGAACGGUGCUACGAAGAGCGGAUUGUUUUGUGUUGUUAUGUCAACAUUAGAGCGCAUGCGUGAAGAACGGGAAGUUGCUUUACAGCAAGUUAUAAAACAAAUGAGAAUUCGUCGACAUCACAUCAUUCCUACAUACGACCAGUACAAGUUUUGUCAUGACAUCAUAGUGGAGUUUCUCAAUGGAUGUGAUAGUCUCUCAAACUUCUACAUUUAACAGUAGAUCUCCACUCUUGCGGGACACAUGAAUGAUUUAACAGCAGUUCUCAACUCUUAUUGGACACUUCAAUGUUUUAACUGCAGAAUUCCACUCUUACUGGAUAUAUGAAUGAUUUAAGAGCAGUUCUCCACUCUUACUGGCCACAUGAAUGAUUUAACAGCAGACCUCAACUCUUAUUGGACAAUUGAAUGUUUUAACUGCAGAAUUCCACUCUUAUUGGAUAUAUGAAUGAUUUAACAGCAGUUCUCCACUCUUAGUGGACACAACUUUAUUGGACACUUGCAUGUUUUAACUGCAGAACUCCCCUCUUACUGGACACGAUAAUUUGAAUAACAACAUAAAGGAACGGUCUCUAUAUCAAUAAACAUUGUAUAUUAUUCUUGAAAUAUUUCCCACAAUCAGAAUUACCAAUACCAUGUCUUACUCUCAUUUGUGAUUGUACACGCAUAUAAAUUUUAAGUAAAGAAACGCGAUACAAAAUUUGUAUUUAAUUCAUCUAGUAUCUAACUUAUUUUGAUAUGAGCAAAUUAAGUAAAGAAACUUAAAGUUCACGUAUAAAUACGUAUGUCAUAGAAAUGUUUCUAUAUCUUAAUCAAAUGUCUGAAAUGGCGACUACCUGCACAAGUGACUUUAAUGAAUAUAAAUAUGGCAUGCUGCAUAGACUAAAUUAUUACAGUACAGGUACAGAAAAUAUUUCCCACACACAGGUAAUUUUAUAAAGCAUAUGUCUGUUUUUUUUUUUUAAUUUUCUAGUAAUAUUUUACUUAACUGCAUCAAUUAAUUGAAUUAUGUAUGCUUCUUGUUAUUUUGCUCGUUUAAAUGGCUGAAAAAAAAACAAGAUCCUAUAACAUAAAGUUGGAAUUUUAUUUUUCUGUAACGCAUGGCUGAACUGUGAAGUUUUUCUGCAAUGCAUUUCAGAAACGUGAAUUUCUUGAAUGAUAUCUUUAUCUAUAUAGAAGAACUCUGUGAUUGUGUUGAACUACAUCUAUAUCUGUAUGGAUAAACUCUGUGUGUUGAACUAUAUCUAGAUCUGUAUAUAUGAACUAUAUUAUGUUCUUGAUCUAGAUCUGUAUAGACGAACUCUGUAAUUGUGUUGAACUAUUUCUGUAUAGAUAAACUCUGUGUGUUGAACUAUAUCUAGAUCUGUAUAUAUGAACUAUAUUAUGUUCUUGAUCUAGAUCUGUAUAGAUGAACUCUGUAAUUGUGUUGAACUAUAUCUAGAUCUGAAAUAAACUUUGUGUUUUGAUGAUGAUCUAUAUAUAGAUAAGUUAUCUGAUAUUUUUACAAGCAUGGUUGAUCUAUCCUUUCGUUAAAUCAUUGUAAUGAUAAUAUCAUAUUUUAUGUAAAUAUCCUUAACAAAUAUCUUGAAUAAAUGAGCACAGUUCUAUAGAGUUCGAAUAUCUGUUUCAGGCAAGUCAUGUAUAUAAAUGAACACCGUACAUACAUGAGAAAGAUUUUCACUUUGCGAAAUGAAUUUUUGUUUGUUUUAAAAACGUAUAAAAACAGUCAAUUACUGAACUUGUAGUAGUGAUGAUUGUGCACAAUGACAUAAACGUUUAUAUGAACUCACCCUGUUAUAGCCUCGGAUUUUAUUUAUCUCUCAUGUUCGACCUGCCAGCAGCUUGUUGAACAUAA